UGCAAUUUUCCGUCUCACUUUCAAAAACUAAUGACCGAUAGUGGUAUGGAACUGCAAACUCGACUGAUGAGCAGAGCGGCACACAGCGAGACUAGUUUUUCUAGAGGAGCGGCCCCUGCUAAGCUGCUUUAGUAAAGAAGGAAAGAAGGAAAAGGAAACUUCAUCAACAAUUGUCGUGAACAUUGAACUUCUAUUUUUUCUGAGAUCGGUCGAUAAUACUAUAUUGCAUAUAAUUUUUCAUUUAUACCCUGCACCCGCCCGCAGUUUGCCCGUCACAAGAAAAACAACAAAAAUACGAAAUGUGUUUGAUGUGAACUUUCUUAAUCAAUAAGCAAACACCGAGUAAAUAUGUAUUGUAUAUAGUUAUUUGGUACUACAAAUAAUAUUGUUGUUAUCGAUAAAUAUACAUACUUAUUUUGAAAAUCUAUCAGUUUUAUUUAUAUUUGUAAAACGAAUGUCACACUCUGUAAUGUCAGUUAUGCUUAGUAAUUACGAAAAAGUGAGGUUAGGAUAACCUCUUCUCCCAGCCCAACCGAAAAGUCCUCAGAAUUAGAGCUCCAAGUCUAUUCUAUUCAUAUCUUUUGUGGGCCGGGUCACGAUUUUUAACGAAUAUCCCCCUUCCCCUUCCCUCUAUUUCCCCCUUGAACUGGUUUAGUGCUCAAUCGAAAACGAACCACUUCCUUUAAUCUAUGAUUUCUGAAAAAAUCAUUUCAAAGUUGUUAUAUUACACCAGAAUUCCAAAAUGGCUCUCCUCGGAGCACAGCUUGUCAUUACUCUGGUAAUGGUGAGCUUUAUACAAAAACUAGGCCCGCAUUUCUCAUUUGCCAGAUGGAUACUUUGCUCAACAGGACUCACCCGAUAUUUAUAUCCUACGGAUCAAGAACUAAGAACAUUGGCUGGAGUACCAAGAGAAAAACCAAAAAAAGGAAGACAACAUAUGGAAAAUGGAAAAUCUACUGAUACAUUUCACAUUCCAAGGAAUCUGGAAGUGACGCUCGAGAGUACAGCAAUUACCUCGCUAGAUGUGAUACACUUAAAAUUUUAUACAGAAUUCCAGUGGUUGUUGGACUUCUCAAUUUAUGCAACUAUCGUUUACACUCUGACAGAGAUAUGGAACAAUUUUUAUCCUAUUGAGGAUGAAAUUAAUUUGAGCAUAUUAUGGUGCGUUUUGGUACUAGGAUUCUCACUGAGGAUGUUGUUCGCUCUAUGGGCACAAUACUUUAGAGGUGAAGAGAGUAUCGGGGAACGAUCGACCUGUAUUGUUACAGGAUUUGCUUAUCUUCUCGUUGCCAUGAUUGUUCUCAUAGUAGAUGAAAAUAAUCUGGAGAUUGGAUUGGACAAGGCUUAUACAAGCUUCAAUCACAGCGCUUCUUUGUUUCUUGUUAAUCAAGGCCUGCCCUCGACGGGUCCAGCAUCUAAAAUUGUAUUAAAGUUCUUCCUGGCUCUGUGGUGUGGCUUGCUUGGUUCGUUGUUCACUUUUCCAGGACUACGACUGGCCAAAAUGCACUGGGACACGGUGAGAUAUUACAAAGACAGAAAGAUUUUUACAUUGCUAGCGAACAUAAGCUUCGCGAUGCCGUUACUGCUGGUUUGUUUGUGGAUUAAACCGAUCAGUAGAGAUUAUUUGACAGUUCGGAUUUUUUCGGGUAUGGAUGGACCCAUAAUGUCACCUGCUACAUUCGAAAGUGCAAGACUCGUGGCUGUGAUUGUGACGGUAUUGCUCAAAUUGGCUCUGAUGCCAACGUAUUUGCAAUCUUAUCUCAACAUUGCUGAACAAAGAUUAGAAAUCCAAAAAAAAGAGGCUGGUCGCAUAACAAAUGUGGAUUUGCAGAAAAAGAUCGCUGCAGUCUUUUACUAUCUCUGCGUCGUGACGUUACAAUUUGUAGCACCUCUCAUGAUCUGUCUUUUUUUUACGCUUAUGUACAAAACGCUUGGUGGAUUCACGUGGAAUGGAGUAGCGUUGGACAUGGACACUUGUUCUGCACAUAGUGCGCGCGCUGUGGAACCAAGCAAUGUACCGGAUACGACAGAAAAGAAUGUUUCCCAAACGGCGGAUGAUAUUCAAAUGGCUUUUGGCUCGUUGAAGCAUAUUUUCACGACAGAAGUUUUCCGGGGUAUACUCGGGCUCGCCACGUGGUGGAGUUGCUUCACGCUUUUCUCAACAAACGCUUUGGGCAUGCUUUAUCAGUCCUAUUUCGCAAACGCAUAAUAAUAUCAGUGUCAUUAGUUGCACAUAUUGUGCAGCUACUGUAAAAACACCAAAGAAUGGCAGCAAAACUUUUGGACACAACAAAAAACAGGCGUAAAUAACAACAAAUUUUUCUGACUCGAACGAAACGCAUAAGAAAUGUUGCCAAAGCCAUUUGUCCAGUCGCACCAUGGUCUAAUUAAGGUAUCCCGUAAAUGCGGUUCGACAUUCACGGCCGAUAUUUUUUAUACGAUUCAUUUGACCAUGAACAUUUUUUCUCGAAUACUCACGAAUUAGUUUCAAGCUUCAACAUUUUUUUACUAAUCUAAUACUGCAAUGUUCGAAACUCAUUGGUCGAUGCUGGAACGAAAAAAAAAUCACCGAAUAACGUCGAUUCUUUUUCCUGUUAAAAUGAUUCCAAAUUUCCGAUGACAAACGUGAAAUCUGUCCGAGCAUACAUGAUAUUUUCAGUCUCUUAUGAUAGUUGUUUUGUUUGCUUGGCUGACCGAAGUCGAUUUUAGAACAAAAUGCGAAAGCGUGAAUUUUAUACGUGCGAAUGAAAAAGAAUGCGAUAUUUGAAAUUAGUACGAAAAAGUGUGGCGAAACGAUUCACAAAAAUUCAAAUCAACUCAUUAUUAAAGGUUUUGAGUUUAUUUUUUUUUCGAUUUUUAGAAUGUUUAGCAGUAGUUUUCACACAGUGUCAUGAAAAUUCAACUUCACAUAACAUAAAAACGUAACGACUGAUUAUAUAAUAUAUAAUAUAUAUAUAUACGAUUAUAUAAAUUUAUAAUGAAGAAUGCGUUGCAGAUUUUAAUAUUUAUAUUCUACCUUUCUGAGUAACAAGUGAUAAGACCAAGUGCUGAAGAAAUCGAAAUACUGUUUUUCACUAUUAUUGCUUACACCACUUUAAAUUCUUGCUCCAAACGAUUGUUAUAGCCUGAUAUUUUCUCCAUAUUUUUGGCUCUCAUUUAUUGCUCAGAUCUCAAUGGCCUCCGGUCCCAAAGUCGUGAAUGUUUCUUCUUGGUCAGUUUCCGGUUGAUAAAACUGGACGAGAAUGAUGAGAUACGUAGUGAUGACACCGAUGAACUGUGAAUUUGUUUGGUUUUUUUUCCACGUAUUAUAUAUCGUUACUAGUACAAAAAAUACCAUUAUCUUUUUGUGAAAAUGUUUUAAAAAAUAAACAUAGAAAAAAUAA